AAUGCACGUUAGGUAAACUGUUUGACGGAUCACGUCGUUAACAUUUGACUCCUAAUGCUUGUAAUAAUAUUAUUUAAUAUUAUUAUAUUAUAAUAUGUUAGAUUUGCACAUUGAACAAUGUAAUUAUCUAAUGUAAAUAGAUAUAUAUAUAUAUAGAAAUUAUUCUUUAUUAUCGGAUAUUAUUAAAUGGUUUUAUGAUAUUUAAUAUUUGUACGAUUUAAAAUUUUAAUAUAUAUAUAUAUAUAUCGAUUCAGAUACGAUACUACUUGUGUAUUUAUUGGUUAUAAGCUUGCUAUAUUGCAAGCUUGGAUAUAAUAUUCUAGUGUUAUCCUUAUCGAGAACGAUAAAAGAGUGAAAGACGAAGAUAAAUUGAAAGUCAAAGCGUUUGAAGAAACUUUAUGAUGUAUUGUUUCGGGAAAGUUCUUCUUAAACAUGUGUCCCUGAUAAAUACUGAAGCAUACGAUAUGAUUUAAAGAUUCGAGUUAAAUUUUUCUCGUCCACGAUGCAAUUGAAAUUUCAUAUUUAUCGUUUUUUGAUCAAGGAAGGAGGCGCACGAUGAACCAAAAUGAAGUUGGAUUCAUAAAUAGGUUACAAUAUACAUAUGUCGACCUAAUCAAAAUUUGCAAAUUGACAGUAUGUAACAAAAAUAAAACGAUGACAUUUAUAAAUUCCAAUGUAUAAAAAUAAGUUCUUUUUGAAUUUUAAUGACGAAUAAGUAAGCUAGAAACAUGAGCGAGGAAUUAGCACCCGACCCAACCCUUGAAGAAAUAUAUACAUGGAUCGAGCAAAUACAAUUUUCAAAACCAAAGAAAAAUCUUGCUCGAGAUUUUUCCGACGGUGUUUUUAUGGCUGAAUUGUUAAAACGUUACUAUCCUAAACACAUCGAUAUACAUAAUUACGUUCCUGGAAAUAGCGUUGCAAAAAAAAUAGAUAACUGGUGUACACUAAAUCGGAAGGUACUUUCGAAGCUUGAUAUUAAAAUAGGAAAAGAUAUAAUCAAUAAAUUGGCAAAUUCGCAACCUGGUAUUAUUGAAAAAGUUUUAAUCGAAUUGCGAACUAAAAUUUUAAAAGAUUGUAACGCGGAAAGGAAUACUUUAUAUUCUGAAUAUCAGGAAAACGAAAAAACAGAAGUUGUUAAGUCAGUGCUCAAUACUGAAGAAGUAGCGAAUAAAACUGUUCCACGUCAUGUUUUCGUUCGAUUAAAACAGGAAUUAGAAGAAAAAAAUGAAAUGAUAAAAAUGCUUCAUCAAAAGGUAUCUCAUCUCGAGUCUUUGAUAAAACUGAAAGAUCAAAGAAUUACAGAUCUUACUUCACAAAUAAUAAAACCCGUAGAACAAAAUACACCAAGAUCUGUGAAUUUAAGUUCCACAUCUAAUGUAGUUUCAAAACUUCGAACGAAAAUUAUAUAGAUAAUUAGAAUUUUUGAAAGUUGAAACAAAUGUUUUGAAAAUAUUUUAAA